GAAACGUCGCCACUGACGCACGCGAGUGUCAACCCGACGCGACCGUGUUUUGUUUUCGAACGUUCGAAGUGACAGUUCAAAUUUGGAACGGCGAAUUUCGAGUGUGUUUUUAUUUUUAAUUAGGUUCUUUAUAAAGUACAUUUAAUUUUGUGAGGUUAUUUAGUGUUGUGAUUUUUGUUGGAUUUUAAAAGGACAGUUUCGGUUGAUGAGAUAUGUCCCAACCACCAAUACAAGCAUGAAACCAUGUAAAUGACAUGGCGCCCUUAAACCUGUGGACCGGAAGGACCGGAAGUUGGCGACCGGAAGUCCUGUUGCUGUUACUGCUGGGCUGCAGUUAUGGGCAACAUGAGCAGAGGUUUGCGAGAGAGCCGACGGAUCAGGAAGCGAUAGUGGGCUCAGAUGUGAUACUCCCCUGCCGCGUCGUGAACCAAGUCGGUGCGGUGCAAUGGACGCAGAACGACUUCGGCCUCGGCACCAGCAGGAACCUCAACGGGUACGACAGGUACCUGAUGAUCGGGAGCGACGAAGAAGGAGAUUUCUCCUUGAAGAUACAGAACGUGACUCUAGAAGACGACGGGGACUACCAGUGCCAAGUGAGCGGGGGGUUGAGUGGAGAACCAGCCAUACGCUCUCGUUACGCCAAGCUAACAGUGCUGGUAGCACCGGAUCCACCGAGAAUACUGCAAGGUGCCUUCAUAGACGCCACUGAAGAACAACCAGUGGAUAUUGAAUGCGUGUCGGUUGGAGGAAAACCUGCUGCUGAUAUCACGUGGGUAGAUGGCAACCAACAAGUAAUAAAGAAGAACAUAAAAACGUCCGUGGAACUAUUACCAGAUGGCCAGAAGUUUAGAGCCAGGUCCAUUUUGCGGUUGACACCGAGCAAGGAGCACCACAAACAGACAAUCACCUGCCAGGCACAGAAUAUGGCUGACCGAGCGGCGAGAAUGGCUACUGUUUAUAUCGAGGUCAAGGCUCGAGAAACGUUAAAGAAAAAGAACCAACCACAGAAUCUGAAGAUAUUUCCAGAAUUUAAAAGAGCCACACAUGUCCGAUACGCUCCAAAAGUCCAGCUCUCAAUAAGCUCUGGAGCGGUAGACAGGCGUUUUCCUGAAGGCUCAGAGGCCCGACUGAGAUGCGAUGUAGAUGCAAACCCGAGGGCCCAGGUGUACCGGUGGUACAUCAACAAUACCCCUGUUGUUGGAGAUUAUACUGAAGAAAUGAUAAUCUUCAACGUAACAAGGAAAUACCACAACGCAGUGGUGAAAUGUGAAGUGAGCAACUCCGUGGGGAAGAGUGAAGAGACUGUCACAUUGGAUGUCACAUAUCCUCCAGUUUUCCGUACAAGGCCACGCGAUGUCGAAGCAGACGAAGGUUCGUCCGUCAGCCUCCAUUGCGAUGUGGACGGUCAGCCCAAACCAGAGAUAAAAUGGGUUCUGCACGAACCGGGCCGGAUCGCGCAGCCUAAGGGGUCCGAACCGACCCUGAAGAUAAAGAGAGUAGACGAACAAACAGCCGGCAGGUAUGUCUGCAUCGCCAAAGUUGAAGGAUAUAAUGAAAUCAGGAGCGAAGCUACAGUUUUUAUUAAAGGACCACCAAAGAUUCUUUCAAACAGGACACAAUUCGGUGCAGAAGGGGAAAUGGUGACGAUAGAUUGUGUUUUCCUAAGUGUUCCAAAAUCUUUCGAUAUCGUAUGGUACUUCGAAGGUCGAGAAAUUAAGUUUAUAGAAAACCUGGACUAUGCGCCUUUUGAAAAAGACCUCGGUGAUGGAAUAGUAAAAGCAAGUCUUGUGAUCAAGUCGAGUCAAUCGAGACAUUACGGACUUUACAACUGCAGUGUCACCAAUGAUAUUGGAAACGCUAAUGCUGGGAUCACUUUGAAACCUAUAAAAACCUUACCUCUCUUUAUCAUCCUCAUCGGAGUAACAUCAGGCAUCAUCGUUUUCUCUGCCUUCAUUAUUCUCCUGGUCAUCUGCAACAGAAGAAGGAGACAGAAGAGUCAGCAGAUGAGCGAGAAGCCAGAUGUCACUGUCACCACUUGCGACAUGUAUAACAAGGAGAGCGAUAGGAGCUCGAAUAUUAGCGAUUUAAAGUUGCAGUUACCUCAUGGGGAUGGUAGUUACGAGUUGGACUACACCAGCUCAGACCGUUCCGACUCUAAACUGCAGUCAGGUCUACCUUUAGCCGGGCCUGUGAAUUUACCAAGCAUACGACUAGACGACCCUCUGAUGCAGUUCAGAUAUAGCAACGACUAUUCUGAUCCUGCUUACAACGAUAAUUAUUAUAAGAGCCCAGCCGGGUACGUGUAUGACUACCCGCAGGGGUACGCACCGCCCAACAAUUUGAGGGUACAGUCACCGGAACCAGCUAACAGGUCACUUCAAGGUUCAUUGACGCGCAGUAUCGACACAGCUUCGACGCUCCCAUUGUCAGUCGGCAAUGGAUCGCAGAACAAUUCUUUGCAACGAACGAAAACUCAAGACGAGACAGAUGCAAUCAAUAAUUUGGGCCUGCCAGUUGGUGGCGACACGCCACCGAUCUACGCGAAAGGCGUGGACCUGCGGUACGCGGCCACAUACGGGAACCCGUAUCUAAGGAACAGUUCACACGGUUACCCAAACCAAGUGCACACAGCGAAGCCGGCGUCUACACCGGCGCCCCCACCAUACUCCGCCGUCCGGAGUUCAGUGGUCUUGCCAUCAGGUAAUGGCAACCAACCGGCGCAGGGUACACACGUAUAGCAAACGCAUAAAACACGUCUAGUGUAAAAACAAUUAUGUGAACUAUUCAGUGACUCAAAAUGUGGCUUUUUGUACCUCACCUUCGAGAAGGUGAAAGUACCAGUGUACAGCGAGCUGCAAAAGUGCAAUGCGAAUCAAAUGAAUAUAUUAAUAAUUUCUCCCUUCAAUUUUGCAACUCAACUGUACUUAUAAAACGUCUCAAUCGGUGACUCUUUGUAAGCGUAUCGUAGCUAGCUUCCUGGGGGGUUACUAUGACGUACUAAAGACGUUCAGUUUAGGUUAAGAGAAAGGGACACAGCUAUAGCAGUUACAUAGCUCCGUCCCUCU